AUGAGCUUUGGAACUCUUCAACUUUUGGAUAUUUGUGUUAAGAAUUGUGGAUAUCCAUUCCAUCUGCAAAUUGCUACAAAAGAAUUUUUAAAUGAACUUGUUCGAAAAUUUCCCGAUAAGCCCCCAGUGGUCCCUAAUCCAAUACAACUGAGAAUACUAGGAUAUAUUCAAGAAUGGAAAUCUACCAUCUGUGUUAAUUCGCGCCAUAAGGACGACUUACAUUAUAUCAAUUAUAUGUAUAGGUUACUUCUUCAUAAAGGUUACAUAUUUCCUGAAAUUGAUGAUCAAUCUGCAGCAGUCCUUAAUCCAACUGAUACUUUAAAGUCACCUGAUGAAUUGGAAGAAGAGGAUCGUGCUGCGCAAGCAGCGAAAUUGCAAGAAUUAAUUCGCAGAGGUACUCCUGCAGAUCUGGAAGAAGCAAAUGAAUUAAUGAAAGUUAUGGCUGGCUAUGACCCAGAAGUAAAACCUGAUUACAAGAAGCAAACUGGUGAAGAGUUAGAACGAAUUCAACGAAAGGCGAUACUUUUGAAUGAUAUGCUUAAUAAUGUCAAACCUGGUGAAGAAUUAUCACAAGCUUGUAAGGCAGUACAACCCAAAAUUCAAAGAUUUAUUUCAGAAGAAGAAGAUUCCGAAAGUAUUGAUCAACUAUUGAAUUUGAAUGAUAUAAUCAAUACAGUUUUAAAGAAAUAUCAAAACAUCCUAAAUGGGGUAUUUAAUGAUCCUAACGACGCAUUGCCUCCGCCCCCUCCACCUUCCACAACCGGGAGCCAGCCAGAGUCAUGGUUGAUUGAUUUAGGAGAUCCUGAACCUCAGCAAGGUCAAAUCCAAAUUACCGAUGAUCUGAUUGAUGCGAGCGGUGGAUCUUCUGAUAAUAAUAACCCACCAAAGACAGAUAAGCUAUUAAAAUACUCACCAAAGAUACAUAUGAGUUGGCGAAUAUCAAAAAUGCUAGUGAAACAUCGAAACCCUGCAAAUAAUGAAAGAUACUCACAAAGAGUAUCAGUUCUAUGA